AUGACCAACAAAGGUUUAGUCCAUCUUAAGAAGAUGUUCCGCGAUUUUGAGACAACGAAAGAUUUCGCAUAUUGUGUACGGAAUUGCGUGGUAAACAAAGCUACUGAAAAAGGACAUGUCGAAAUUGAGUUGAAAAUAGCCGACGAACAUCUGAAUCCGUCCGGUACAAUACAUGGCGGCUUUACAGCAACAUUGGUCAAUAUCGCCUCCACUGCAGCUGUUCUCGCUUCCGGUAAACCGGCAGGUGGGCGUUCCGUGGACUUAUCCAUUUCGUAUCAAAGCGUAGCGAAGCCUGGUGAAACGAUCAUUGCCGAGUCAACUGUCCAAAAGACAACCCGUAACUUAGCGUUCAUCAGCACAAAAGUUUACCGGAAAAUCGACAACAUGAGUAUAGCCACUGGUCAAGAGACGAAAACAUUCCUGCCAGUUGAGUGA